CACCAACGACUUGGAAUGCAGCAAUAACCACUCCGGGACACGCAAGACGUUUUUCUUCUCUUAAAAUGACAGAGCCAAGAGGAGACGGCGUGGAUUCGACCAGAUACCAUGGCGACCAUCGUGAUGCUGCUGCUGCUCGUCCUGGGUGGGGCUGAUGGUUCGCACAUCGUUGGAGGCAGAGAUGCCGCCCCGCAGUCUCGCCCCUACAUGGCCUCCCUGCAAAUCCGAGGUCAGCACAACUGCGGGGGGGCCCUGGUGAGGGAGGACUUCGUGCUCACCGCAGCACACUGCCAGAUACGCGGGCAGUACACCGUCGUGCUCGGAGCCGAUUCCCUGACCGCCAACGAGGCCACGAAGCAGGAGUUCCGCGCGGUCAGAUCCAUUCCACAUCCCGACUACACCGCCAACGAGAACGAGAACGACAUCAUGCUCCUAAAGCUCAGCAGCAGAGCCAGUCUGACCCAAGCAGUGCAGCUGAUUGGGCUGAAGAGCGGCCGGAUGAGGGCAGACGGCCAGUGCCUCACAGCCGGCUGGGGGGACGUAGGGGACAACGGCACCUUACCAGAGAGGCUGCAGGAGGUCAACGUGACCAUCCUGCCGCAGAGGACGUGUAGUAGGAGAUGGAGAGGCGUUCCCAUCACCAGGACCAUGGUUUGUGGCGUCGGGGCCGGCAGCAUUCAAGGCUUCUGCUCGGCGUUGUCUUUGUGUUUAAAGGGGGAUUCGGGCGGACCGUUGGUGUGCGAAGGAGGUGCAGCGGGCGUCGUCUCCUUCUCCGGACGCCGGUGCGGAAACCCCAGGACCCCCGAUGUCUACACACGCGUGUCGUCCUUCAGCGAUUGGAUCGCAGACGUGCUAAGAAAUAACUGAGCAGAUUGGAUUGAUCGGUGACGAGUCAACGCACUUGAUUGGGAUCUACGUUUCAAGACAAGGCUCUUUUUAGCACACAAGCGUGGGAUGGUGUUGUGCUUUACUUUCUGUUUAACAAUGCGGUGCUGCAGGGACGGAUGUGGUGGAUUGUGUUUUUGUGACUUUUUGUUUCUCAGAGAGUUGAAUGUAACACAAAAAUGGCAAUGAAAAAGCAAGUUGAAUUGGGAAGAUGUGAGAUAAAGAGCCACCCCUAUGUAACCAUAUGUUUGCAAACUUUGGAGAAAAUUGUAUUUUUUUGGAUCACCUUCUGUUCAUGUUUGCAUUUGAAAGUUUUGCUUUACUUACAUCACGGUUUGUCGUGUAGUCCAGUCGAUGAGGCGGAUCAACGAAUAAAAGCUUGAUGCCUGUCUGCAAAGAAAUAAAGUAACUUUCGCUUUGUCACAUGAACAAAAAAAUUAAUUUCUGUAGAGUAAAUUAAAAAAAUACUACUUUGCCUGCAA